AUGCUCUCUCAGCCAGGGGCCUGGACGGGAGCACCGAAUAUCAGGCAGAUAGAUCCGAAUCACUUAGGAUUUUUCAUCGAGAUUGCAUCUAAAUUUCCGAACAGAAGUUCAGUAAUACGAAGGAAGAAAAAUCUAUCAAAGAAUAAGGCGUUUGGAAAGCCAGAUUUUGAGCUCACAAUAAAUCAUUUGGCUAGAUUCCACCGUGAAAGCUGGAACAAGGAUGCUGUUGGACUCCAGGAAAGGAAGGUUCUGUUCCAGAGUGACAGUGAUGACAUGUGUUUCAACCUAGAGGAAACGAGCGCAUAUCCAUAUUGCCCCGAGUCUACUUCCAACGAAGAUACUGCAAACCAGGUCACGGCGCAGUCUGAUUCAGCUGUGGAUCCUGAGAGCAUUCUGCAGUUGGAUGGAACGGACCCCAUGCUACUCGACAAAGAAUUUCUGAUAAAAGGAAGACAGCUACUGAAACUCUUCCGCUUCUGUCCGUCAUGUGGAUCUAAUAUAUUCGACACGGCGCAGUUCGUUACUCUGACAGCCAGUGGAACGAAUCCUAUAGUACACUACACCUGCACAGUAUGUGUUCCCUUUGAGAAACGAUUUGAAGGGCUGGACGAAACCUGCUCUCCUCCGUCAGGGAUGUCACCUGACAACUAUGAACAUAUUGCCGAAACUACAAUAACAAAGGAUUCUUGCUUUUCUGAUCUCUCGGGAACAACCAGAGGAGGUCGCGUCGUAUGA